GAGAGAGAGCGAGGAGGGUGGGGGAAAAGGAAUCACACAUGAGGGUGUCUUUCUCUCUCUAACGUUUUUUAUCCCGUCCUCCGGGGAAGGGAAAUCCAAAGUGAUCAUCAUUUUUUUUGGUGCAUUUUGUGGGUUUUGACCAGAGAGAGACAGAGCUUGUGCUCUUCUUCUUUCUUCUUCAACUGUCAUUUUCCUAGAUAUACUCUCGAGGAACACCGGACCUAAAUCCCCUUCUCCCUCUUUUACUUUCCCUGCCUUUCUGGGUUUCUUUUAUUAUAUAUGUCUUCCUUCUUUGCUUAAGAACACAUCUCUCUCUCUCUCUCUCUCUCUCUCUCUCUCUCUCUCUCUCUCUCUCUCUUCCCCAUCCCUUUAUCUUUCCUUCUCUUGAGCAUGUCUGUUUCUUUUAGAAGAUAGCAGAUUUCUUCUUUGCUAAUUCAACUCCGAUCCCUUAGAGUUAUAUAUAUCUACCCCUUUCGUCUUAAAAGCAUACCAAGCUGUUCGUUGAUAGCUUUCCGUGUAUUUUUGGCAGGAAAAAAAAAAUGUAUCUUCAAGAAGGAGCAGAAAAAUUACAGACCCACAUGUCAUAGAUACUUUUCUUUAGUUUCUUUAAUAUAAAGUUGAAUUAAGCAAAAGAAAAGCUUCUAUUUGGUAAAGACGGUUAAUGAAGAUGCCCUUGGAAGGGAUUUUCAUUGAACCCUCUUCAACCCCACAUCCUGAUCUUUCCCUCAACAUUUCUCCUCCCAACACUUCAUCUUCUUCAAAUAUUUGCAAUACCAGUAAUGACCCCAGAGCUCAUACUGAGCUCUCUCUUGGGAGGAAUUGCAGAGGUAGAGCUGAAGAACCGCCACAAAAUCCUUAUCAACAACAAAGUAAUCAUCAUCUUCUUCAUCACCAGUACUCUAACAAUCACACCUUAAAUCACAUCAAUAAUGGGGUUUCGCUACUGGAUGUGUCAUCAGACGGUUUGAGGCCGAUCAAGGGGAUUCCGGUGUAUCACAGCCGUUCAUUUCCCUUCUUGCCCAUGGACCACACAAGAGAGAAAGAUCCCAAGAUGUGCUUCUACCAAAUUCCUUCUUAUCCCUCUUUGUCUUCCUCUUCUGCGUCUCAUUCACCUUCUCCAUACUACGGAGGGCCGGGCUUGGAUCCCAUGUCAAUCAUGUCUACAGCAAGGUUUAAUGGGCUCGCAACAGAUGCUUUCAAAUCUAACCAAUUGCACCAUCAUCAUCACCACAAUCAGUACGGGAUUGGAGCUUCUGAUCCGCCUUCUCAUGGGAUGAUGAGAUCAAGAUUUUUGCCUAAGCUCCCAACAAAGCGGAGUAUGAGAGCACCGAGGAUGCGCUGGACUAGCACACUCCAUGCUCGAUUCGUUCACGCUGUUGAGCUUCUUGGCGGCCACGAAAGAGCUACACCAAAGUCAGUUCUUGAGCUCAUGGAUGUCAAGGAUCUCACAUUAGCUCAUGUCAAGAGCCAUUUACAGAUGUAUCGGACUGUUAAGACCACUGACAAGCCUGCAGCAUCAUCAGGCCAAUCGGAUGGAUCUGGUGAGGACGAAAUCUUCCCUAUGGGGCGCGCUACUGACCGUGUCAUUCGUCCAUAUACCGAUCAACGAGGACCGUCUGAUCAGCCCGUGCAACAAGAUCAUAUGGACUAUCCUUCCUCCACUCUGUGGAGUAACUCUUCCAGUAGAGAGGCUUGGGCACAAGCUAACCCCAAUGCAAUGGAGGGGCCCAAACCAGCAUCCUUCGAGCCACAACAAAGAUCAAGAGGACACAAUUUGCAGGAAUGUGAUUCAACUCAACUGAAGAGCUACUUUGGGUCUAACUUGGAGUGCAAGAACCCAAGCUUGGAGUUCACAUUAGGCAGACCAGACUGGCAUAGCAAAAGAACAUGACUAAUUCACUGUCUCCCCACUUUUUCUUGUUUUUGAGUUCAUUAUCUUCGUGAUUGAGAAGUCAUAGAUAUAUAUAUAUAUAUAUAUAAAGGGUGCUUGUGAGGAAGAGGAAACCUUAGACAAUCAAAGUUAAUCAAUCUGUUGAUUGGACGUACGUACAUGCGUGCGUACGUGCAACCUAUUUUGGGACCAGUAAUUGUGUGUGGCUACAGCCUACAGCUAGCUCUACCAUGCAUGUGCGUGCAAACAUGAGAAAAUAUAUUACAAGUGAUCGAGAGGAACGAGAAUCGAUGCUAAUUAAGCAGUUCACGUUUCAAAGCAAGCCCGUACGUAAACGCAGCUCAUACUUGUAAACGUCAAUGGCAGAGCUUUUCUUCAAGAUCGAUCAGCUGGCGGACAAAUUAAGCUCCACUGCAUGCAUGCAUGUUGAUGUGGUAAUCUGUAAUACUGAUUUCUGUUGCUGUUAGAUUAAUUACUUGUAAUUCCAUCACAUUCAUGUAAAGUCAAUAUUGAUAAUGAAACCGGGAAAUGGGAAUUAAUCCUUCCGAUUUAAUUUACAGAAA